CCCUCUACCAUCCCCACCCACCAGUCUCCCUCUCCCCACACCUCUCCAAAUCUCGCGACGGGAGAGGAGGCCAUCAAAUCACAGGGGGCGCCAGGAGCCGGAGCGCGGGAGGGUGGGAGAGGAAUGGAGCCGGCAGAGCGAAUCGAGUCGGGGAAGGCGCUGGGGAAGCGCCCGAGGAGCAGGGUGCUGCCCCGGACGGCCAGCAUGGUGACGGUGCCGUCGGCGGCUAAGCAGGGCCGCCAGGAGCGGCGCGCCGGCGUGACGUCGUCCACUUCCCUGCCAGCUGGUGGCGCGGGGAUGGGAGACGGAGGAUCCGGCGCCGCGACGAGGGCGUUCUACUCCGGCGGCUACCUCGCCGGCGCGGAGACGACGGCGGCGUUCUUGAAGGCGUGCGGCCUCUGCAACCGCCGCCUCGGACCCGGCCACGACACCUUCAUCUACAGGGGCGAGGUGGCAUUCUGCAGCCAGGAGUGCCGGGAGCAGCAGAUCGAGUACGACGAGCGCAUGGAGCAGACGUGCUCCCUAACCUCCAUCAAGGAGGCCCCGUCCGUCUCCGGCGCCAGCGGCUCUGACCAGUCCGGCAGCGGCGGGGAGACCGUCGCCGCCGCCUAGCCCGGCGCAACGGCGGCCGUGGUGGUGCAAGCGGCGCAUGUUGCCCGCUUGGCACCCUGGAGCAGCGGCACCAGAUCGAGAUCAGUCUGUCCCUUGUUAGUUUUCCCGGGCAAGUGCUCUAGCGUCUGUGUAUCCAGCUUUUAGCUCUAGAAGUCGUCGUCGUCGCUCAUGAACCGUAGCGGCAGCGGGAGAUGGAUCUUCAGGAGAGGAAUGCGUCAGUGAUUUAAUUUUGCUGUCCCUGACGCGUGUAUCUCUGGAAUCUUGGUUUCCUUGACUGUCGGAAGGAAGAAGGAAAAAAAAAACUUUGGUUGCGACAACAGAUUGCUCUUCUCUCGCCUGCUUCCUUUUGAUUGAUUGCAUCUGGUUGUUAAAUCUCCUUGAAUGUUGUUGAGUUGAUGGACA